UCCUACAAAAAUCGAACUAAUCUUCCUUUUUAACAAAAGCUUCUCAAAUCUUUCAAAGGUUUCCAAUUUACGAAGAAAGGAUCUACAACAUAUAAUCACUAUUAAAGAAUGAGUUAUCUGAACAAAGUGUGGAUGGCAGCAUCGUUCGUAGCUGUUCAAGGAAACGCCGAUCACGGCGUCAAGUUAAAAAGCGGUCUCACCUCUGCUCACCGUCUCCAACGAAGACUUUCCUCCGAUCUCCGUCCUCUCGCCGCCGCAGAUCUAACCGGCGACUCUCUCCCUUCGGAAGAAAGACGUCGUACCUCUUCUUCCACUCCCGAUGAGUCUCUCCGACAAGUCAUGUACCUCAACUGCUGGGCUCAAGGCUAAAUUCAGAUAAUGAUGGUCGUGGCUCGCUCAUGAACUCCGCUGAAUCAGAAUUUUUUUCUGAUGCAAACUGUAUAUAGUUUGGUUCAUCUGUGGUGGUUGACUCGUGCUUAUGAAAUCGCUUGAGUCGGAUUUUCUGGAUGCAACUGUAUAGUUUGGUUACAUCUCUGUGAAUAUUAGAAUGUUCUAAAAGAUCAAAGCAAGCCUUGGAUUAUGAGAGAACUCUGUUCAUUUUCUAUAUCUUAAAACAUCGUUCGCUCACCAACUUUAUUACAAUCUGGAAUCUUGAUUGCGAUUACCACUAAUUUCAACUUUAUCCACAGUAAAAUACGAUUCUAAAUUAAACAAUAGUACUAAAAUAUUCCAAAACCAUCGUUAUCCAAAGAGACAGACAAGUCAGUCACUCCAUAAUGCUUUUAUUUAUUUAUCUAUUGUGGUUGUCAUUAUUGAGGUAGGUCCUAUAAUUCAUCUUACGAGCAAACUGAAAUGUUAUAUUCGUCGGGCCAAUUGUGCGAGGAACAAGAGGCCCACAACGAGAUCAGCUCUUGGGCUAUUUGGCCCAUUUAUGUAACUUGGCUUUGAAUGAAAUCGGAGCGUGGCUGCUUAAUCCAACGGUCCAAAUCUGACGACGCUCCUUAAUGGAGUAAUGAGUAACGUCUCCUUCAUUUCCAACGGUCAAAUAAUCCUCAA